GUAAAAAGGACAGGAGCCUUGCAGCCAGCUCUCCACUCCAUCGGUAUAAACCGAGAGGGAAAUAAUGAUCCAAGGUUCAUUCUAAUGAUGGCCCCGAUGAAGAGGGGCCAAACCAGGGGGUUGAUUUUAAGAGCUGUGCCAAGUGUGGGAGUGUAACCCGAGCCGAGCUCAACAACAGCUGAAGCUCAGGAAGGGCAAGGAGCCACUCAGACAGAAGUGCUCUUGGUGUUUCUUUCUUAAAAAGUCUCCCUCAGACGUGUCGAAGGUGGCAGUCAACCGAGUGUGGUGAUGGCGGCCCGGUCUAUUUGGACUUGUUUGGUUGUGGCUGCGCUUGUGAAUACAGUAGUGCAAGUCAGUGGAAAUGAAGAGUCUCAGCUCAUAGCAGCUAUUUUUAAGAACUACAAUAAGAACAUCCGGCCAGCGAGGCACCCGGAUGACAAGGUGGACGUUCAGGUCAAACUCACCCUCACCAACCUCAUCUCCCUGAACGAGAAAGAGGAGACUCUGACCACCAAUGUAUGGAUUGAGAUCCAAUGGAGUGACUAUCGGCUGGCGUGGAACACCUCGGAGUACUACGGCAUCAGCAUUAUCCGUGUACCCUGCACCACUGUGUGGCUGCCGGAUAUAGUCCUGGAGAACAACAUUGAUGGAAAAUUUGAUGUAGCAUACUAUGCCAAUGUGUUGAUCUCCAGUGAUGGGUCCAUGUACUGGCUGCCCCCAGCCAUCUACCGCAGCACCUGCGCUAUAGAGAUCACCUAUUUCCCCUUCGACUGGCAAAACUGCACACUGGUCUUCAGGUCUCAGACAUACAGCGCUAAUGAGAUCAACAUGAUCUUGGCCAUCGAUGGAGAGACUAACAAGCCCAUUGAGUGGGUGGAUAUCGACCCUGAAGCCUUCACUGAAAAUGGCGAGUGGGUUAUCAAGCAUCGGCCGGCGCGCAAAAUUACCAACACACGCUACUCCCCGGACGACCUGGAGUACCAGGAGGUCUACUUCAACCUCAUCAUCCAGAGGAAACCCCUCUUCUACAUCAUCAACAUCAUUCUGCCCUGCUCACUCAUCUCCUCACUCGUCGUCCUGGCCUACUUCAUGCCCGCUAAGGCGGGAGGACAGAAGAUAACUGUGUCCAUCUCCGUCCUCCUGGCUCAGACUGUCUUCCUCUUUCUGAUCGCUCAGAAGGUUCCAGAAACGUCUCUCUCUGUGCCUCUUAUCGGAAAGUACCUGAUCUUCGUCAUGUCCGUCACUACACUCAUCGUCACAAACUGCAUCAUCGUUCUCAACUACUCCUGCCGGACCCCGAGCACACACUCCAUGCCUCGCAGAAUCAAACAUAUUUUCCUGGAGGUGAUCCCUCGGUUCCUGGGGAUGACCCCGAUGGUGGACGAGGGAGAGGAAGCUGGAGGGAUGGAUGGAGUAAGGGAGAGGAGACGCAGCUCAUUUGGCCUGAUGCAGCGGGCGGAGGAAUACGUGCUGAAGCAGCCGAGGAGCGAGAUGAUGUUCGAUAAACAGAGAGAGAGACACGGACUCACGCGAUCGUUCGUGGACGCUAUAGAUGUGAGCACCACGGCCAGUCUGUAUAAGAGUUUGGCACAAGCAGCACCAGAAAUUAAAGAGUGUGUGGACGCCUGCAACUUCAUUGCAGAGAGCACAAGGGAACAGAAUGACAUUGGCUCUGAGAUGGAGAACUGGGUGCUGAUCGGCAAGAUGAUCGAUAAAGUCUGCUUCUGGGCGGCCAUCUUGCUCUUCUCCAUCGGAACGGUGGCCAUCUUCCUCAUGGGCCAUUUCAACCAGGUGCCCGAGUACCCUUUCUCCGGGGAGAAUAAAAAAUACGCUCCUGAGUAAAGCACGAGCAGCGUUCCUGCUGCUGUUGGUCUCACAGAAGAAGAGACAUGGAGAGAGACAGAGACAGGGAGAAAGCACAAGCGCAGUUUUAGACAUAUUCAGAAUGUGAUGUGCAUUUUAUUAGCAUUGAAGUAUGCUAAUCCUAGAGGUUUUGGCAUGAGUCCAAGUCAGAAAAGCAUACUAACCACCUUACACUGCAUGAUCAGUGCAGGAACAGAAGCUUCAGUUAUAUCCCAAACCACAUUCUUCUAAUGGUAUGUCAAAAUAAGCACUCCGCCUACAGAAACUAUGGCGUAAUAUUCUCACACACCAUUUAAAGGUGCAGUUCGUAACGUUUCGAAGUGUUUAUACAGCUGUAGUAUUUACAUCCAUUCGAAGGGGGAGGUGUGAUUUACAGUAUUUCCAUGCAAUGGACCCUGGGUUGGUUGUUAUUUUAAAGCUUUUGUUUACAUUUUUCUGGCCCUGAAAUUAGCUCCUCCUCCUUCAACUCCCAAGGAAGGUGUAAUUUCAGUAAAGAAGAUGGGGUUCAGUCGAGGUUAGGGAAGGAUUUUUCAUUGCAAUUACAGUUUCCUUCACAAGCAACAAAAAGCUCUAAAAAUGACAAACUGCUUCUUUAAUAUGUGAUUUCAGACAUAGUUGCAGAAUUGAUGGAAAGUGUGGUUCAUUUGUUAUUUUUUUCUGGACUAUUCCACAAAGAUUAAGGUGUUUUAAAAUCCAGUGAUUGCUUUUCCAAUGCGUUUCCAAUUGUGGGUGUUUAUUUAUCUUAAUAUUCUGUAGAAGCAGUGAUUAAAUUGUUCAAAUAAUGUCUCUUAUUUAAAUAGAUUUUUUUAAUGAGACUGUGGAAGCGUCCUGGUUUGGUUUUGGGUUUUAUUUCAAGUUUGUUUCCUUUAUGUUUUAAUACUUUUUGCUACCAUUUGGAUGUUUGUUAAACAUUAUUUUCUAUUUGCUUGUGAAGAUGUAGCCUAGCCUUUCCUGUAUUACAUAGUUCAGUGACAUAAACCUUACAGCUGCAGUUAUAGACAAUCAACAGUCAACACCUUCUGACCAAUCAGAUUUGAGAAUUCAACAAUUUGCAGGGGUUUUUUUGUUUGUUUUUGUUUCAUUUGAUAACAGGAACUAACCUGUUUUUGCACAGACGAUCAUUAAAUGUAACAAUAAAUGGAUAAAAA